CAAAUUGCCAAAGCCCCAUCUUUUUAUCUCUGAAAGGCCCGCGAUCACGACGACGACGACGACGACGACAACAACAGAGCACAGCAGCAAGCAGAUCUCAUUCUCAGCACAUACGCCGACGACCCUCACGCCAAAAACUUCGGACCUGCCACUGCGUUGCACUACGAGAAGGACGCCACGAUUUCGACCGCUACCCCGGUCGCCUCCGCAGAUAACUCUCCUGCCCGAAUACAUCAGAUUAGGAGCGACUUUCCGAGCAAUCGCCCACCAUGUCGAAAGGGAAGGGUGCCUUGGCGGACCAGAUCGUCAAGCUCAUCGUCGGCGCCGGCCAGGCGAGUCCCAGCCCGCCCGUCGGUCCCGCCCUGGGCAGUAAAGGUGUCAAGUCGAUGGACUUCUGCAAGGAAUUCAACGCCCGCACAGCACACAUGACCGUCGGCACGCCGAUGCCCGUCCGCGUCACCGUCCGCGCCGACCGCUCGUUCCACUUUGACAUCCGCACCCCCCAGACGUCGUGGCUGCUGCGCAACGCGGCCGGCCUGCCCAUGGUCAAGGGCAAGCGCAAGGGCGCCAGCAAACCCGGUCACGAGGUCGUCGGCACGGUAUCCCUCAAGCACGUCUACGAGAUUGCAAAGAUCAAGCAGUCCGAGCUCCGGCUGUCGGGGCUCUCGCUCGAGGGCCUGUGCAGGUCCAUCAUCUUCCAGGCCAAGUCUAUAGGCAUUGAAGUCGUUGCUUGAAGCCAGCUCGGGGCUGGUGGGAAAAGAGAGAGAGAGAGAGCAGAAAUGACAACAAAAGUGGACAAGGAAGAAACAAAAUAGAAACCCACGGCAACUCCUGGCUCGGGUGUAUAGUGCUAUCGUGAGGAGAUGCUGGAUUGACAACGACUAAAGUCUAGAGCUGGAAAAGCGAGACAAAAAGAGUCGUGGACAGGCAUUCUUACAGCAAUAGAAGAAGAGGUCGUAUAUGUCGAUGAGGGAGGCCAGAUCUUGGCUGCUCGAGAUCAUCAAGCAAACUGAACAGUCAUCGAGAAGGACUGAAAGAAACCCCUGGGAAGCGAAGGGUAUUCUGUACUAUACUUGUACAAUGGAUAAGACUACCAAUCUCUGUACACCAAGCUGUCUAUAUCAACACAAUCACAUCAUAAGUAACGUCAAG